AUGGCGGUCUUUGCUGAGUUCUAUCGAAGACGUCAAUUGGUGAAGAGCUUGAAUGCAACUUUUAUUUCCUUGAUUCCGAAGAAGGCGGAAGCGGUGGAGAUGAAGGACUUUAGGCCCAUCAGUUUGGUGGGAGGGGUGUACAAAAUUGUUGCUAAGGUGCUUGCCAAUAGGCUGAAAAUUGUUUUGGGUAAGGUCAUCUCCUACUCUCAAAAUGCCUUUAUAGGGGGUCGGCAAAUCCUUGAUUCCAUUCUCAUUGCCAAUGAAGGCGUGGAUAGUCGCUUGAAAUCAGGGUUGCCAGGUUUCUUCAAUAGUUCAAGGGGAAUCCGGCAAGGGGAUCCUCUCUCUCCCUUGUUGUUUGUGCUAGUUAUGGAGGCUUUGAGUAAAAUGGUAAAUGCGACGGUAGAACAAGGCCUUUUGGAGGGUUUCUCGGUGGGAAAUAGGGUCUUAUCGGAGUUGAGGGCUGUUUCGGGCUUGAAAGUGAAUUUGGGAAAAUCAAAGAUUGUGGCAAUUGGUGAGGUGGAGAAUAUUGGGGUGUUAGCUAGUAUCCUUGGGUGUAGUGUUGCCGAGUUGCCUAUGAAGUACUUGGGUCUUCCUCUAGGGGCGCCGUACAAGGAUACGAUUAUGUGGAAUGAUGAACAUAGUGGUUAUGGAGUGGUGUUGUAUGUGCAAGAAGUCCGGAGAGACAGUUGA